GACGUCAGCCUUCACUUCGUGCUGUGGGGCUGCCUGCAUGUCUACCAGCACAUGAUCGACAAGGCGGAGGAUGUGUGCCUCUUCCUGACGCAGCCCGGAGAGAUGGUGGGCCAGCUGGCUGUGCUGACCGGGAAGCCCCUCAUCUUCACCAUCAAGGCCAACCGUGACUGCACCUUCUUCAAGAUCUCCAAGUCGGACUUCUACGAAAUCAUGCAGGAACAGCCCAGUGUGGUGCUGAGUGUCACCCAUACUGUGGCCGCCCGCAUGUCCCCAUUCGUGCGCCAGAUGGACUUUGCCAUCGACUGGAUGGCGGUGGAGGCCGGACGGGCCUUGUACAGGCAGGGCGACAAGUCCGACUGCACCUACAUCAUGCUGAAUGGGCGUCUGCGCUCUGUCAUCCAGAAAGGCAGUGGCAAGAAGGAACUGGUCGGGGAGUACGGUCGUGGUGACCUCAUUGGAGUGGUGGAAGCUCUGACCAGGCAGCCCCGAGCCACCACCGUGAGAGACACAGAGCUGGCCAAGCUGCCCGAGGGCACUCUGAACAACAUUAAGCGCAGAUACCCCCAGGUACCGGGGCAGGGUGGGUGCCAUCCCUCCCUGCAGGAAACAGCCCAUCCCAGUGCCUCAGCUGGCCACCUU